AUGGAAGAUGCUGAUUGUACUGCUGGCGCUGCUAGUGCUGCUGGUGCUGCUGGUGUUGAUGGUGUUGAUCGUACUACUGGUCCAAAUCGUAUGAAUGGUACUGCUGGUACUAUUCGCACUACUCGUUUUAGUGGUACUGAUGGCACUGCUGGCACUGCUGGCACUGCUGGCACUGCUGGCACUGCUGGCACUGCUGGCACUGCUGGCACUGCUGGCACUGCUGGCACUGCUGGCACUGCUGGUACUGAUGGCACUGCUGGUACUAAUGGUACUGAUGGCACUGAUGGUUGUGAUGGCACUGCUGGUGCUGAUGGCACUGAUGGCUGUGAUCGUACUGAUGGCACCGAUGGUUGUGAUCCCUAA